AGGACAACGGGCGUCGCCGGCCCCGUGUGAUUCCGGGCUGUGGGCGCGUUCGCGACUUUUCGGCCAUGGUUUUCUCAAACAAUGAUGAAGGCCUUAUAAACAAAAAGUUACCCAAAGAACUUCUUCUAAGAAUAUUUUCCUUCUUGGAUAUAGUAACUUUGUGCCGAUGUGCACAGAUUUCCAAGGCUUGGAACAUCUUAGCCCUGGAUGGAAGCAACUGGCAAAGAAUAGACCUUUUUAACUUUCAAACAGAUGUGGAGGGUCGCGUGGUAGAAAAUAUUUCAAAGCGAUGCGGUGGAUUCCUGAGGAAGCUCAGCUUGCGAGGCUGCAUUGGUGUUGGGGAUUCCUCCUUGAAGACCUUUGCACAAAACUGCCGAAACAUUGAACAUUUAAACCUCAAUGGAUGCACAAAAAUCACUGACAGCACGUGUUACAGCCUUAGCAGAUUCUGUUCCAAGCUGAAACAUCUGGAUCUGACCUCUUGUGUGUCCAUUACAAACAGCUCCUUAAAGGGGAUCAGUGAGGGCUGCAGAAACCUGGAGUACCUGAAUCUCUCUUGGUGUGAUCAGAUCACAAAGGAUGGCAUCGAGGCACUGGUGCGAGGUUGUCGAGGCCUGAAAGCAUUGCUUCUGAGGGGCUGCACUCAGUUAGAAGACGAAGCUUUGAAACACAUUCAGAAUUACUGCCAUGAGCUUGUGAGCCUUAACUUACAGUCCUGCUCACACAUGACUGAUGAAGGUGUGGUGCAGAUCUGCAGGGGCUGCCACCGGUUGCAAGCUCUCUGUGUGUCUGGUUGCAGCAACCUCACAGAUGCCUCUCUGACGGCCCUGGGUCUGAACUGCCCAAGACUUCAGAUUUUGGAGGCUGCCCGAUGUUCCCAUUUGACUGACGCAGGCUUUACACUUCUAGCUCGGAAUUGCCACGACCUGGAGAAGAUGGAUCUUGAGGAAUGCAUCCUGAUAACUGACAGCACGCUGAUCCAGCUCUCCAUUCACUGUCCUAAACUUCAAGCCCUGAGCCUGUCCCACUGUGAGCUCAUCACAGAUGAUGGGAUCCUACACCUGAGCAACAGCACCUGUGGUCACGAGAGACUGCGGGUGCUGGAACUGGACAACUGCCUCCUCAUCACUGAUGUGGCCCUGGAACAUCUAGAGAACUGCCGUGGCCUGGAGCGCCUUGAGCUCUAUGACUGCCAGCAGAUUACCCGAGCCGGCAUCAAGAGGAUGCGGGCUCAGCUCCCUCAUGUCAAAGUUCAUGCCUACUUUGCUCCUGUCACCCCACCAACAGCAGUGGGAGGGGGUGGACGGCGACUGUGCAGAUGCUGUGUUGUCCUCUGACAACAGUGGCCCCUCCCCAAAGGCUUGGUGUGGUGUCCUUCUGAGUCUUCCUGACCUCCUCCACUUCCAACCAGAUCUGUUGAUUGUCCAUUGGGAAAGGCUUUCACAGGUAAAAGACUUCUGUAUGGCUUUCAGUAACUCUGGUGAUAGUUUUCACCUUUAUCCUGCUGUAAUGCAAUCAAGUCAAUGCUUUGUGUUAGUUAACAUGUGACCAGAGCAGUCUCAAUGCAGCCAGGACCGCAUGAGAAGCCUUGGAUCUCCUAAGAGAUAGGUGCCUGUCUAGUUACAAAGUCACCCUUGGCUGCAUCAGCAUUCCUCACAACAGAUCAUCAGUGUUUAGCACAAAUUGAGCAGGAAAAAAAGCUGCUACCUGCUAUUUAAGAAGCCAGUGGCCUACUUUAAUUUACAAUUCCAUUUUGAUUAGCAGCAUUUUUCCACUCUGAAGACUAAAUUGCAACUUAUCAAACUGACUGUCCUGCAAAUUCCUAAUGCCUGAUGCAUUCUAAAAUGUAGAGACUCAUGUUCAUUCGUUUCCAUGAGACAGCAAAGAAAUGAGGCUACAAAAAGGGCGAAGCAGGGUCUUCACCCAUCUGCUUCUGUCAACUUGUUAAAGACACCUCUGGGUACCAACAACUAAAACAAAAGCAACCCAGAGUCUGUGUUGCCUGAUUGGAAAUUAUAAGCUCUGGUAUAUGCUAUACAACAUAAUGCAUUUCUGUUCAAGGAAGGAAGCUAAUCAUGUCUACGUUUCUCACAGUUUGAGGGACCUUAAAGAAACAGAACUGAUGAAGAUUGAAGUCUACUCAUAUAACCAAAUGAAAAUAAUGGAUGCAUGUAGAAUGGGUGUGUUUUUUUUCCCCACAAGUUUAUUUAAAAUCUUAGAAAUCAAGUUACACCAGACUUACUCAAAAGUUUUACACUUCAAACUCAGAUCAUAAAAGUAUUGGCACCUUUGAUUCAGAAAAAUGACUAAACCACUGCAAUG